GGUCAGCGUAUAAUGCUGUAAGUUUAUAAUGCGAAAAGAACAAAAUUGUCUCAAAUAUUUGUGAUUACAACAGGAAGUAUGCAUGCGCCACGCAGUGUAAUGCGAUAGAUCUUUGGUCUAAAGAGUUUGAAACUAUGGCUUUAUACAAUGUUGAUUGGAUUGCUCGUUGUACUUUUUCUUACCAUGUAGGACGCUCUCAUAAUAUAACUAUAAGUGUAUUCUUCAUAUUAACAUCAUUAUUUGGUUUUGGUGGCGCAGCAGUGCAACUUCGACAUAUGUGGCAGUUUCGUAAUUCAGUGCGACGGAGACUAUCUGCUAAUCCAAAAAUUAUAUUUUGGCUGGCAAUUUCUGACUUAAUAGCAUGUGUAGCAAGGAUGGUACUGGUGAUUGUUUCAUUGGCGUUUGACAAACCAAGUGAAAUAUUAUAUGCAAUAUGUGCAACUUUUCAGGCUAUUUUAUUGGUAGGAAUUGUUUCAAGCGUAAUUUGGACUUCUAUCUUUGCUGUCGAUCAAUGUUUGCAGAUGUGCAAAAUUAACGGGCCCAUGAUGUUGUAUCAUAUUUUGACUUGGUUGCCAUUAUUUAUUUAUAAUAUUGUUGGUAUUUGUAUAAAUAGGAAGCAUAAGUUUGAAAGCUGCAACAAACCUACUGGUGUUUGGAAAACUGUAUCAAUUGUGAUUUCAACUUUUCCUUUUUUUCCUUUUCUUUUGGUUAAUAUAACUCUUUUCUUCAUCACUUACAAAAAAGUGAAGCAUCUGCUUAGAUGUACUGGUAUAUUUUCCUACGACGAAAGAGAAGCCCUAAAGAUUACUCGCAAUAAAUAUGGUUUAUAUUUUGCUGUAUUAUUCUUCAGCUGGUUGCCUUAUGUCAUCACCCAAAUUUGUUUCGUUACAAUUAAUGAAAGAAAACGACGGGGUUGGUUUAUUGCUUCGGGGUAUACUGCUGGGAUUUUCAUCCACUUGCAAGGCUUCUUUAAUUAUUUUGUUUAUCGUUACUCCUUCAAAGUUGAGCCAAAUUUCCAAACCUCUCAACCUGGACUACUACGACCACCACCAAAUGCAGGGGAAAUAAUUCAGCGAAUGAUUUAUCAAGAACCUUUAAUUCCCAAGGAAAACAAGAUUAAAGCCACACAAAAUUACAAUUCAAUCAAAAAGUAUUGCGUGUCAUCGAAGAAAACUGAGAUGCCACCAUAUCAAUCAAGAUUGCUGGGUGAAUGUAAUUGUUCAUGCGCCAAUGACUAAGAAAUUUGACAAUACUUGGUCGCAGUUGAUAUUAACGAUAUAAUCGGUCUUUCCAAUAAUGAUAUGAGUUUUUAGGGGUACAAAUGUCCACCUAAUCUUUAAUAAUUGAAAAGUUUUAUCAGAAAAGUUUUAGAGUUCAAUUUGAGCUGUGGUUUUAAAAAAAUGUUUCGCUGUAUUGUUUCUAUGCAAUAAAUGACCACAUCAACUGGUCAGCUGUGAUCAAAUACUUUUCUGAAAACUAUUCAAUAGUUAGUUAUAAAAAACAAUUAAUUUGGUGUUUUGAGCAUUAGUAUUUGUUAAAUUUAAUCAUUCACAAUUUUAAAUACAACAAGUUUAUUUUAAUUUAUAAUAAAUGCAGUAAUGAUAUGAUGGACAAUA